AUGGCGAGAUGGAUAGAAGUAGAGAGGCUGGAGAGCAGGGGGGAGUUGCUGGUGGAGGAGUGGGGACUCACCAACCAGCCAGCCCUACGCUACCUACCGAUCAACCUCAACUCCCAACAACCCCAAUGGAGCGUGGAUUACAUUCGCGUGCGCAUCCUAGAGGAGGACUUGCGGCGGCGGAGUGUGGAGCGCUCGGAGGAGGGGGCUGGCUAUGGAGUUGGAGGUGGAAAGAGUGGCUUCAAGAAGAAGUGGAAGGGCAAAAACAAGGACAACCCUAAGGAGGAUGGCGGCGGGGGUCAAGGGGAGGUGUGCUUCUACUGCAAGAAGCGCGGACAUCGUUGGCGGAAGUGCUACCAACGACCCAAGGAUUGGACCCCGCCUUCAUCGAGCAACCUGCGUGGUGGCAAGAGGAGUGGGGGAGUCAUGGGAGCUAGUGGAGAGGAGAAGGAGUAG